AAGGGGAAGAGUGGAAGUCAGCGCCUUGUCUGGACUGGUUCCUCUGGAAGGAGAGGAGGUGAGGGGAGCCUGUGGCGUGUCAGACGCAGGGCUCAGAAAACUUAACCUACUAUCCCUGCCUCCUCUCCGCCAGCACCUCUCACCCUAGGGUUUGGGAGCCGGAGCUGCCCUGGAAGUGGUGCAGACUCUGGUCCUGUGCCCCGGUUUGGCUGGCUUCUCUGGCUGAUGGCAUGUUGAGAUUCAAGGGCCAGUGGCAGCGAGGGCAUCUGAUCCAGAAGGGGCCACUCUAGAGGCCAGGCUAUCAGUACCAUGGGCCAGUGUGUCACCAAGUGCAAGAAUCCCUCAUCAACCCUGGGCAGCAAGAAUGGAGAUCGAGAUCCCAGCGGCAAAUCACACAACAGGCGAGGUGCAGGCCACCGCGAUGAACAGCUGCCAGCUUGUGGCAAGCCAGGUGGGGAUAUCCUCGUUAAUGGGACCAAGAAGGCAGAGACUGCCACUGAGGCCUGCCAGCUGCCAACAUCCUCAGGAGAUGCUGGGAGGGAGCCCAAGUCUAAUGCCGAAGAGUCUUCCUUGCAGCGGUUGGAAGAACUGUUCAGGCGCUACAAGGACGAGCGGGAGGAUGCAAUUUUGGAGGAAGGCAUGGAGCGCUUUUGCAGUGACCUAUGUGUGGAUCCUACAGAAUUUCGAGUGCUGCUUUUGGCUUGGAAGUUCCAGGCUGCUACCAUGUGCAAAUUUACCAGGAAGGAGUUUUUUGAUGGCUGCAAAGCAAUAAGUGCAGACAGCAUUGAUGGGAUCUGUGCCCAAUUCCCCAGCCUCUUAAUAGAAGCCAAACAGGAGGACAAAUUCAAGGAUCUCUACCGGUUUACAUUUCAGUUUGGCCUGGAUUCUGAAGAAGGGCAGCGGUCACUGCAUCGGGAAAUAGCCAUUGCCCUGUGGAAGUUAGUCUUUACACAGAACAAUCCUCCAGUGUUGGACCAGUGGCUAAACUUCCUAACAGAGAACCCUUCUGGGAUCAAGGGCAUCUCCCGGGACACUUGGAACAUGUUCCUUAACUUCACUCAGGUGAUUGGCCCCGAUCUCAGCAACUACAGCGAAGAUGAGGCCUGGCCGAGUCUCUUCGAUACCUUUGUGGAGUGGGAGAUGGAGCGGAGGAAAAGUGAAGGGGCUGGGGGAGGUGUGCUCAGCUCAGGGCCCUUGGGCUUGUGUCCCCAGGAGCAGACUUAGUAUUCUGUUCUGGGCAGCCAUGAGGCUUUGCCCACUGCCCUGGAGCCACCCGAGGAAUUGGACCUUUCUGGAAAUUACCUAAUAUCCAGAUAUUUUCUACUCUACACCUUUCUCUGCCUUGUAUCUGAAAGGGCUCUAAAAUGCUGUAUCAUGUUUUAGGCACUUUCUUCUUUUUGGGGGGUUAUUUUGGUUCUUUUUGGGGGGUCCCCCAAAAUAUUUUAACCUGGCUACAUGUUGUGUAUCUUCUUCCUUUUUUUUUUAAGCCUUCAGAUUGCAUUGGCCUGCCAUUUGUUGCACUUUUUUUUUUUUUUUUUUUUUUUUUUGGGGGGUCAGGGAGGGCAUAGAGCAGGGUGGGGAAUAGGCGAGUUAGGUUGAAUUAACAUUGCAAACAAUGCAGUGCCAGAUCUCAGUUUUGCAUAGUGUUUUUCAGGGCAGGUCUGUACUGUGUGUAGUGCUGUUUACAUGGUUGAAUUUAGGUUGUGAUAAUAAUUUUUAAAGAUUUACACAGAGUUGAUUAGCAGUGUUAACUGUUAACCACAUUGCAUUAAUUCCCAGGUGAGUAAAAGCUCUUGGAGAGCCAAGGCCAGUCAGAGUGUCUGUAGUCUGGUGACAACCCCCUUUUAAGCAAAUUUAUCUGAAAUUCUUCCUUCUCAGUCAUCUUGCUCAUUCCUUCUUUGACCCAUUGCAUUUCAUGUUGAGUUUAUGUACCAACAUGCUGCACCUGUCAGUCAAGUGAGCAGUGAUUUUAGAAUACAUACUAACAACCACUUAAGUACUGAAUGCAGAGAAAGCAGUGCUACCUCAGUUUUGCUGGAAGUAGACUUUGAUAGUUUUUGUUUUUGGUGAAUUUUCUGUAUUUUCAUGUUGUAAGUGGAAAUACAUUUUUUAUUUGCCUCGGAGCCAAAGUUUCUGUUUCUGGUGGUUGGAAAACUGCCUGCUGGCCACCUGACUUGAAGGAAAACUGUGGUGUGGAGCUCUGCUUGAAUACUUUUUAAAAAAACAUUUUGAGUGUCAUCAACUUACUUGUCUGGCAAGUGCAAAAGCCUGGGGCUGGCCUGAACUCUGCCAAACAAAUACAGACAGGUAUUAAGUAGUUAAUGUGUGCCCUUUCCCUUUUUGCUGCACCCAUGUUGUCACUUUACCCCUAGGUGUUAUUUAUUAUUUUUUCUGUUAAUGUCAGGCUCAUUUGGGGUAAUGUGAUGACUGUUUAGGUUUACAUGACCCUCUUUCCUUCCCCUCCACCCAAAUAGGUAUAUAUACAUAUAUAUGUAUAUAUUUUACCUACCUAAAAAUAUAUAUACAUGUAUAUGUAUAUUCUUGUUUCUUUGCCUGCUAAAACUGGCCAUAAAAGAGGGAGCUGUCUUCAAUAUAUAAAGUAUUAGAAGAGUGCCAGGGAAUGUCAUAAUGGAAGCUUUUGAAUUUGAGUUUGGACCAUUUUCACUAAAGAGAAAAUGAAUUUUCUCAGCUCUUUCCUCAUUAGAGGGAGACCCAGUUCCCUAAACUCCUCUGUGUGCUCACUCCAUGAAGCCAGCUUUGGACAAACUGCCACAUAGGAGCUGACUCUGGUCCUACCUCGUUGCAGUAGAGGGUAUUCUUGCCAUUUUUUCAUUUUAAAAAAUGUCCUUAGAAAACUGAACUGGAAGGGUGGGUGGCAGGUACUGUACAGUUCAGCUUUCAACACUUUGGAACAGAUUAAAAAGGGAAUCUUUUAAAUAAAAACUUAUAAAAAUAUUUAUACUUUUGAAAUAACAAGAGUUUGUCUAUAGAACAUUGGGAGUUGCUUCCCCUAGCUACCCCCAUCUGCCUCCCAGGUAUGUUUCUCAGCCUGGGCAGAAAGUUUGAGUUUAUUACUAGCCUUAAUGGAUUCAGGCUCCCAUCUUUACAAUGAUUAUUUAAGGAGAUUCUACAGUUGAUGUCUUUCUGAAAUUGGCAUUGAAUUGGCAUGGAUUUUUGCAGUCCUAAACCUGACAGAUAACCCUUUAGCGGGGCAGAUGGGGAAAUUUAAGGUCAGCCACAGCAAGUUAACAAUACUGCUGGAAAAUGUAAGAGGGUUGGAUUUCAGUCCACAUGUCUGGCUUUGUUCUAGCCUAAGACGCAAGAUCCUCGUAUAAAGCUUUUCUAGGGACCCCAGCUAGUUCUGUGGGUUCAGUUGUAGUCCUGAGUCCCCAUGCUGAGAUCUCAUCUAGUCAGUCAGCAAUUCUGAAUUUUUCCUUCUUUUUUCCAAUUCUGUAUUGGGUAAAGGUAGAGUAAGGCAAAAGGCAGGCUCCUCCUAGCCAGGUAAGGUUCCUUCUGUCCCACAUCAGAAAAGUGUAGAGAAGUGCACAAAAGAGGGAGGCCCCAAGGAUUCUGGAGACUUGGGAGAGGCACUGGCUUCUAUCCCCAGCCUACCAGAAGGCAUUCCAUGCAUUAGGUGUGCUAUAGUGGGUGGAUUUUGUUUUUUAAUUAAUUGUUCAGCUUCCCCAGUCCCCACAGAAGAACCAUUUAAAGAUUGUUUUUGGUUAUAUUUUUACUGAUAUAGUUGUUACAAAAAUAAAAAUGAGAAACUAGAAAAGGGAGAGACUUACCAGAUACUUCCAAGUUUGAGUCCCUGAUACAAGGAAUUCUGUAGUAGCUCUGGGCCAGUGCUUUAAUAGUUUCAUGACCACAGGAAAAUGCAGUUUUUCUGCAAAGGGAUCCAAGGUGAGUGUGUAGGGUUUUCACUUGUACUUCUGGGAAAUGAAAGAGCCUGUUCCUCUUACCUUAUAAGUAGGUUUCCUACUUAAUGGGCAGGAACUGUGUGGAAGAGCCCAAAUGCAUGCCCUUCAGCUAAGCAAGGCACCCUUCACUUGAACAGUGUGACAGGGUGUGGAGGGGCAGGAUGCAGAUGCCCUUUUGAAAACAGGCAGAUAUCUGAGGGAGAGUUCAAACUGAAUUCAUGUGUUGGCAAAUUGCUUGGCUUUGGCAGAUGGCUUUGUGAGCUUCUGUGAUGUUUAGCAAUUUAUUAGAAAAUUGUAUGAGAUGGUGUCACUUCAUUGAACUGCUCUUCCCCAUCCCUGCCAUGUUUCAUUCUUAACUCCACCUCCUGUAAUGGUACUUUGCUAUGCUUCAGCUGGUUGACUCAGCAGUUCUCCCUCAUCCCUGCCAGAUGUGCCCACAUGUGUGAAUUGGUUCCAAGACUCCAUACUGAAUUCGUAACAAAAAUCUAGAGCUGGGUAAAGAUACAAAUUUCAACCAAGCUCCCAGGCCCAAGGAAAUCCAAUUGAAAAUGUAUAGGAAUUGUUUUCAAUAUUAAAAGGCUUAAGCCACACAGUAUUAGAUGCUCUUUGAAACAGAUCAUCUCCCAGGGGCUGGAGCAUGCAGGGUGUGGGAUGUCAUGGGUCAUGUGAUGGCUCCAUAUUAGACUAAGCCAAAUUGUAUUAAAUAAUGGUGGGGAAAAUAUCAGGAUAAGAACUUGGGUCUAAGUUCCAAAACCAAAACAUCUGUUUUUAGAACUGUUUGGUAUGCCACACUGAAAAUGAAGUCUUCUAUGCAAUGAAAUCCCCAAAUAGACCCAAUUAUACAAUUAUAAGGCAAGAACUGUAAGGAAGGUGCUGCUAGGUUUGUUAGUUACCUGAGUUUCCAUUUUCCUUCCAUCUCUGUUUGCUUAGUGAGGACUUAAGCAACCAAGUAAUGGACUGUAGCUGAAAGGACUCUGAAGUCACAAGGGUGUUAAUGGGGACUCACUUGAGGGCACAUGAAAUUGACCCUUCUCUUACUUCAGUCUUGUUCUCUGAAUUAUAUCAAAGGUGUUCCCACCACCUCCCUGUAGUUUAUUCCUAAGGGAAGCUGCAAAUACAGAAUCUAUUUAGUAGAACCUGGACUGUGACUGUGUCAGUGAGGAUCUGCAGAUAUUUUCCUUAUUAGACAAUGAAAUAGAUGCUUGGGCUGUGGUUCAAAAACCAAGAUAUUUCAGAAUGGCUUUGAGUAACCAUCAGGUUCUGCUUCUGAUCACAGCCCCCUGUCCCUCUUGAAAGCUCAGCCUGCUCUCAUUCUGACCUAUUUCCACUGCCCACCUCCACUCCUCACCUUUCAACAUAGAUCUUGGAUAUCGCCAAAGGAAGCCAUCCAGCAGCUGCUGUGUUCUCCCCCCUCCACCCAUCCAGUACCCAUUUAUUCUGGUAGAAGUGUCUUCCCUGACUCUGGCCCCAGACCCAGGCCUGUGAUUGAUUGCUCUUAUGUGUUGCACUAAUGUGAUUCUAGGUUUCAAAUGGGGAGUUUGAAGCAGUAGGCAAAGGGGGCUUGAUUGAAUGAGUUGAUUUUACAGAUGCCCUGCCUUAACCUGCUGAGGUGAUGAGUCCACUGCUCACGUGCCCUCCACCUUUGUGGAUUCCUCUUGGUUUGUGACCAGUGUGUUUCUUGAGGUUGUACAAAUUUGUUGACAAAGUCAAUACUUAUCUCUGUGCACUGUUACACUCUCCAAAUGGUCCCUUGAAUAUUUUUAUUAACUUGUUAUACAUAUUUUUGUCUCUGUCUACAUUAUUUCUUUUGAUGUUCUUUUAUUUGGAAGGUUACCUGCUAUUGGGUUUAAUAAAUUUGUUUACUUGGUUAUUGACAAUUCUGGAAAAAUAAUAAAAAAUCAGCAGCUUUAUUCUGGAGUGAUACUGGAUAGCAAUUCCUAUGCUUUGGAAAAUCCAGAUAGUGUAUUGCAGACUUUGCCACUCACCAACCUUAAUUGUCUUUGGGGUCCCAGUUCUUUAGGCAGAAAACAAGUUCUCACAGGGCCACGUCCUAAAUAGUCUUACCUUAGCAACUGAUAUGGCUUCCCAUGAGGAAUAAAAAGUAAAUUUGAGCACUGUACUGAAUGGGUGACUUCUACAUAUAUCAGAUUGGCAAUGAUUAAGGCAGAAGAGACAAGCUGAAACUGUCAUGUGCCACUGCUGAGUGACCAUUGGUAGGUGAGUGAAAAUCUGAGUUUCUCUGACUCAUCUGUAAAAUCCAAAGACUGUUAUUUCCAUUAGUGUUAGGAUUUACAAAGAGUUUUGGAAGCACUUAAGACUUUUAAGGUUAAGAUUUUCAAAAGGAUGUUAAGAGAGUAAUGCAGGAAAUCCAGAGAAUAGGAGAGGAGGAUUGGCAUGGUCACACAUGACUUCCCAGGUCACUGUCUCCCCUGUAGACCCAGCAAGCUUCCCUCCAUGCCAAGUUUUGGGGGAGAUGGAAGACUUAGAUGGCUUAGAUUAAGAUGAUCCCUGAUGGCUCUCUCUGGCUCUUAUAUAGAAGCUUCAUUAUGGUACAUUGCUUAAUAACCCUUAGCUUUCUUUCACUGUAUUUCUGUUUAGUUACCGGUUAUAUUCAGGUAAGCAAUUGGCCAGCCACCCCUCUUCUUUGAUGGCAGCCCUAAUGGCGUUCCCAAAGAUUCCCAGUCUCAUGUUGGUGUCUCCUAAAAAUAAGUACUGUGGUGGGAUUAGAUAUGCUUUUGUUUUUCUUUCCAGUUGGAAAGGGCCUGGAGUCAUUGGUUAUAAUCCUGUCCAGUCAAGAGGGUUAUAAAGAUUUCUCAACAAACUUGACUUUUUCCUUUUCCUCCAUUAUUACCAAAGCCAAUAGCUUCAGAUAGAGGAAAUCUAGACAUUGAUUUUUUUCUUUCUCACUUAAAAAGUAAACCUCCAGAACAUCUACUUGUUUGGUUCUUGGGCUUGUACUUUCUGUGAUGUGACACUUUGAAGAUAAUGAGCCACUGGGCUUUACAGAUAGAGGUGUGGGGAGUAACAAAGUGAAGAUACUGAUUUAGGUGCUUGUAUAGAGCCUAGAGUUAUUCAAAGUGUUGUCACAGGGUUGUGCACAUUAUAUAAGGCUAAAAUCCAAUUUUCAAUUAGAUGAAGGGCAAGCCAACUUCAUACAAUUACCAGAUGAGCUUAACUGCAAUGGACUUUUCCUAGCAAGAAAGGUAUACUGAGUGUAAUGCUGAUGGCUCAGAGUAGUACAGAUGAGUCACCAGAGCACGGGCCUCUUCCCUCCUCUAGAAUCCAACCGAAGCACAUGCCUGGGUUGGCUCUGGAAGUCAUCCUCUAACUCUAGGUUUCCAUCUAUAUCAAAAGGGUUAGUCUGCCUGAGAAGGAAGGGCAAGGGAGGGAGCAGGCUAGCCUCUCCAUUUCCUGUCCUUUGCUAAGAUUUUUCAGGGUGCCCUGUCUUAUGAAAGCCAUAAGGGACUUACUUGGGUUUAACUUCCUUCCUAUAUAAUGUUCCAACCUUAGGGGUGCUGAGAAAAUUCUAGUGGAAUAUGGCAGCAGUGCUGUCAGCAGCAAAGCAUCCAUGCUGAUGGGGACUCUCCAUGGGCCCUGCCUAUGUUUAUUAUGGGAGGUGCUAUUGAAAUUAUUAGUAAACUAAAAUACAGGGCUACAAAAUAAUGUGGAACUAGUGUAAGACAAGAUAAUAUGGACACAAGCUGUUGUAUACAUGAAUUUACAUAAUAAAGGAGGCAUGGUCCUUUAUUGGGUAAGAUAGAUAAUUGGAUAAAAUCUAAAUAUAUGGAGGAAAGUUACUGUAGGCCAAAAUAAAUUCCAGGAGGAAUAAAGGUGUAAGCGUAAAAAUUAAAUAAUUAAAAAAUACAUACUUGUUAGUGGAUAUUAAAUUGAUCUCUGGAUCAAUCAAGACUUCGUAAGCAAAAAGCAGAUAGAAAAAAAUCAUAAAAAGAAUAGACAUCUAAAACAUAAAACAAUUAGAAACAUUUUUGCAAUGAUAGAUGAAUGCACACUUAAUCCCUAAGACCUUAAAAAUUCCACAUGGAAAAGUACUUAAUAGACACAUGUGCAAAGGA